AUGAGCUGCGAAUCUUUUUGCAACGCUCGCCUUACCUGCCGGGAUAUGAAUGCGAUAAUUGAAAGGCAUUCUUCUAUUAUUGGACCACUACUACAGAAGGUCUUUGUCGGCCAGCACAGUGCGUUCACGCAGUACCCUAGGCGUUGCGUAUUCAAGGAUCUCAUCGAUUUGACCACAUAUUUGCGUUCACGUGCUCAUUAUCACCUCCAGCUGGCUGUAUUCUCUAGGGUUUCAUUCGAAACAUCUCUACUCAACCGCUUGGUUGAGGGAGUGCGACACCGUCAUACGCAAUUUCGUAUGAUAAUUUUUUACGGUGUUGACUUCACAUGCACUGAGGAUUCGUUGGCAGAGUUCCUAAAAGUCACUGGUGUUGCAUCUUUAGCUAUAAUUGAUUCCGCGUUCCCUGGUAAUCUGAAAGGAUUUCUUGCACGUCACAAGUUCCAGUACGGUCAGUUGGAUGUG